UGCUUUAGCAAAUCAACAAGUUUCUGAGUUAACUAUUGAUGAGUCACCAUCAAAGAAGGAUUGUGCUGAAAUUAACGAAGCAAGUAAAAAUCUUUUGAAUAUUGUCGAGGGUCGUGAAGAGAAGAAUGACGAUGAUAAGGAAAAAAUUGAAGAAGAAUCUGAAAAAAAUUUAACGAAAGAAAUUAUACAAGAGGGUCAAAAUGGAGCUCAAGCAACUAUUACAACUGAAAUUAUUCGAAGCAAAGUAACUGAACAAGAUGAUGUUAUGGUAGUAGAAAAGCAAGAAGCAAAAGCAGCAACAAAUAUUGUUAAAGAAGAUCCAUCAACCGACGCAUUUUCAGCAACAACAACGACAACUGCUUCUCGUGAUUUGAGUUCGAGUAUCUGGAUUAGAAACAUCACUAACACAACGAAAGCUGUUGAACUUAAAGCGCUUUUCUCAAAGCAUGGUAAGGUAGUGACAGCAAAGAUUUUCACCACAAAAAACAAGCAAAGCCCAACAUGUUUCGGGUUUGUUGUAUUAUCUGAUGCUUCUUCUGCUGAUUUAUGUGUUCAAAAACUCAAUAGAAUGAACUUCAAAGGACGCAUAAUAAAUGUUGAGAAGGCUGAUCGAUCAAAUCUAUCUCAAAUUAAUAAAAGCGCAAACGGAUCAGCUAUUAACAACAACAAUUCCGAUGCACCCAUUCAAAACAAUCCUUCAGAAAAUUCUUCAUUUAAAGGCAAUGGUGAUUCAUUUAGUGGGAAAGCUAAACCAAACAUCAACACAUCACAAUCUAAAACUCAUGAGUCGGAGAAAAUAUCGACUGGAGAAGCUAAACGAUCGCCUCGGGCUAGGAUUAUCUCCACAUCUAAUGCAUCAUCUAAAGAAGCUCAUAACUCUUCUACAAAAUGGGGAGGAUCAGGCUUCGAGAACAGUGGCUUUGCUGGUUCAAGAUCUUUUGGUUCUUCGAGAUCUCGCAUGAACGCAUCUUACGCAACUGGCAGGAUUAUGGGAAACCGAGGACGUGCAGGGCGUAUCAGUGGAGGACGAAAUGUGCGAAACUCCUCGGCUCCUGGAAUAUCCGACAAUUUCAAUCGACCUCGUUUUGGAAGUAGUAAUAGACGUUCUACCGGUCGCCGUCGUGAAGAAGAGAGUCGACGUAGUAGUCAUCGACAUAAGCCAAAUGAUGUUCGUAAAUCGUCACGACGAAGUCCAGCAAAGAGUAAAAAUAAUAAUGAUUCAACAGAUAAAGAAGAUCUCAUACGUUUUAUGCGUCGCAAAGAAGAAGAACAUCGUAAAAAAGAAGAGGAGUUACUUAUGGAACGUGAACGUGAAAGAAUUCGUUAUGAGCGUGAAAAAUUGGAGCGUGAUAAGCUUGAACUUGAGACUUUAAGACUUCAGGCGCAGCUAGCUCAGGCAACACAGUUACAAUUUGCUGCAGUUGCAGGUUUACCACAAGGAGGUGCUGCUGCUGUUUCGGUUCCUCUUAUAACUGGAACAGGAGAUUCUUCUACAUCAGCUCUCCAUAAUCAACACUUUGGAGGUGGUGGAUUUAAUCAUCGACGUGAGAGAGAGAGUGCUAUGCCAACGGCUUUCUCUUCAGAACGACGAAGUAUUGAUAUGUCGGCUAAAAGUGAGAUGAGCCGAAGCAAAUCACGAACUUCUAAACAAAAUGAUAGGGAUGAACGUUCUGACAGGUACAUGUUCAAUGAGUACAAAUUGAUAUAA